AUGAGGGCAACAUCGCUCAUCUUGUCCGUAGUCCUUGUCCUGGCAGCCUGCCUCCUGAGACGCAGCGAAGCGGUGACCUGCACCGCUGAUGCCACAGUCACAGGAUGCAUCGACUGCACCACUAAUCCGACCGAUGCGGAAUGCGUGGCCGAGGCAGCCGCAGCUACACCCACUACGGCACCCACGACGGGAACAGAUGCCCCCACCACCGGAACCGACUCCACAGCUUCACCAACCACUGCGUCCUCUACAACGUCCCCAAAUAGCAGUGCCACUCCGGCUCCCAGCACUUCCGCCAGCGACUCAUCCUCCCCCAGCUCGUCUUCCGGCACCACGGGAACCAGUAGCUCGACUAAUGCGGCUGCGGCUAGAAGGAGGAGGGCGGCCAGAAGGAGGGCUCAACGCAGGCGAGCUGCUCGCAGGCGGGCUGCCAGGAGGAGGGCCCAGAGGCGCCGCCGACAGAACAGAACCGGUUAA